AUGCAAUUCUUAUUAAAGACAGCUUUGGUCGAAUGGGUCGCUUUUAGUAAUUCUAAUAUCUUCUGGGCUUCCGAUAAAUUCAAGUACCUAACGUCCAUGACCUAUCAUUACGAAUACAAAGUAAAUGUGGAAACGUACUUUGCCGGUUCAAGCAAUAAUCGUUCUAGUUUGGAUAUAAAAACAAAGGCUGUUCUACAAUUCAUCAGACCUUGUGAAGGUGUGCUACAGUUAACAGAAGUGCAACUUGAAGAUCAGAAUGAAGAAUAUCCAGUUGAGAGAGCUGAAAAGUUUAUUCAAGCUCUAUCACAGUACGAUCUUAGAUUUUCUUUCCAUGAUGGAAUUAUAUCAGAAAUAUGUCCAGAAGAUGGUGAAGAAGAUUGGGUCCUCAAUUUUAAGAGAGGUGUACUUUCACUCUUUCAAAAUAGUAUGAAGAGGUUUGAUAUCAACUUUAAGGGAAUUGAGCAAGACACCCAUGGCACAUGUGAUGUUGAUUAUAAGGUUCGAGGGCAAGAGAACACAAGCCUGAUCUUGGUUAAAACCCGUGAUCUGUCACAAUGCAGAAACAGAUAUAAAUAUAUGUCUAUCUUGCAGACUGUGCGAUAUGACUUUCAAAGUAAAUUCCAAACAUGGCCUGUACUUAAAUCAGAAAGCAAAUGCCGUAUCAAUGUAGACCAUCAUAUUUACAAAUCGGUAAACUGUAAGGAGAGACAUCUCUUUGAACCAUUCUCAGGCAAAAACUCAGGCGCAAUGACAACAGUGAUUCAAGAUCUUGAACUAAUCAAAGAAGUCAAUAAAACAGACGAGUUAACAGUGGAUAGUGAUACUAAAGGCAAGCUUUCUUGGACAGUCAUUCAGAAGAGGUCCAGUCUCCUUCAUCACCAUCACAUGCCAUAUGGAAGGUCUGACAGUAGCGAAGUGAAAUCGGCUAGAGAUGUUCUGAAGUUGCUCUGCUUAGUAAAACCGAAUACAGACGACGAAAUGUCUACGGUCGAUGAUAAUAUGGACAGCGGUUCUACAGUCGGCCUUUGGAGUCAACUUGUCCGAUCGGCUCGGAAACUGCAUCAUACAACCCUCGCUUUGUUAUUGAGCAGAGCGCCAUCUAUGUGCAGUGCCGCACAAAAGCACAUACUAGAUGCCCUGCCCUACAUCGCUAGUACUGGUUCGGUGGAGUUGAUCAAGGACAAGAUAAUAAAAGAUGAAGUUAAUAAAGAGACUAGACACGAAUGGCUUAUGUCAAUGGCUAUGAUUCCAAGGCCUAAAAUAGAAAUGCUACAGAGUAUGCUGGAACUGUUGCGAGAGCAGAAGAACGAUAAGGUUGUGAGUUUUACAGUAUCGUCAAUGGUGCAUUCAUAUUGUAAACACAGUGGAAAGUCAUUACGUGAAUGCUGCAAGGAAGAAACGCCAAAGUUAAUUUUGGAAGAGUUCGAAGGCAUCGUCAAAGAACUGAUAGCGAAAGCGAUUCCCAGUCUCGAAAGAAAAGAAAGAGAUAGCCUCGUAAUAGCGAUUAAAGCGCUCGGAAACAUAGGCGGAUUCAACCAAGAAUUCGCGGAUACGCUGAUGAGCAUUAUUGGGGACACUGCUGUCCCAGUGCCCGUAAGGUUGACAGCCAUCGAUGCUUUCAGAAGGACCCCGUGUACAGAGACGAGCGAAUACUUCCUAGAGACUUACAGAGCAGAUCUAGUGGACGUUGAAGUUCGCAUCGCUUCAUACUUACAAGUGAUGCGUUGUCCAAACCUCAGCACAAUUCGAAAGAUUUUCCAUGGACUGAGAAAUGAGCCGGUCAACCAGGUGGCAACAUUUGUAUGGAGUCACUUGAACAACCUCGGUCAAUCUUCGCUCCCUUCUCGAGUGGAAAUCCAGGGGUUGCUGUCGGGGCACGAGAUGCCUCAAUUAGAAGAUAUACCGGACUUCAGAAUGUUCUCCCGGAACUACGAACAAAGUGUCUUCUUCGACCAGUAUAACGCAGGUGGCAAUUACGAGGCCAAUGUAAUAUUUUCGCCGGAUUCUUACAUACCGCGUUCCGUGUCUCUUAACUUGACUGUGGAUAUGUUCGGCGAAUCGAUCAAUUUACUAGAGAUAAAGGCAAGAGGUGAAGGUUUCGAGAGAUACAUCGAAAGUGUUUUCGGUAAGAACGGGCCUCUCAACAAAAACAAAGUAGUCGAUAACAUCAGCAAGCUCAGGUUCUUCCGUUCUGCCAACGAGGCGGAUGAACUGCGGGAGAAGAUAGAUGAUAUUGGAUACAAAAAUAACGCUUUGAAGCACCGCUAUCCCAUAGCUGAACUGGGAUUCAAAGUCUUCGGAAACGAGAUAUCGUUUUGGAGUGCCGAGGGAGACGAUGAGAUCAGAAAGUCUUUGGAACGGAUGAACCCAAAAUUAAGGAUUCUAGAAAUACUUUCUGGAAAGGAAAUAUCAUAUAACAAAGCCUCCUUGUUCUUGGACACGACGUUCUCUGUCGCUACUGGAUGUGGAUUGCCUCUAAACAUGAACCUAAUGGGCACCAGCUACGUCGACACGAAAAUGUCUGGAACAGUCGUGGACAAAUACACGCAAUCGGGCAACUUGGACUUCGAAGGGAAAAUACGACCCAGUGUAGCUGUAAAUAUUGCGGCGACUAUGAGUGUACCAGCUGGCUCCUUAGCUUUAAGCGGUAUUCGCUUGUCCUCGCGACUGUACACGGCUACCGCAGUGGAAGCUAAACUUUCAAUACGCAGCCUUGGAUUGCUGAGGCUGGAUCUAUCUUUGCCCAGAGACAAGCAAGAGAUAUUUGCUGCAAAAUCUGAAUUGUUGAUUCUCCAUGGGGAUAAAGAACUACAGCAACAAGGCCUGAAUAAGAACAGAAUAGAACAGAACACUUGUAGUUGGACGACCUUCGACAAGGCUAUUGGUAUCAAAGUCUGUGCUGCAUAUCAGUUCCCGAAUAUGACAAAUCUUCGCAACGCUCCCUACUUCAUAAUGAGUGGACCAGCCAAGUACAUAGUUUCGCUAGAAAAGGCGGACCCAUCGGCGAAAACUUACGCCUUACAGUACAAAUGGGACAGGAACGACACUACCGACGUGUUGGAAUUCUCCUAUGACACGCCAAACAGUAAAGAAAAACGUAUGUUCAACGCGAUCCUUAGUAUAUCGAAUACUUCAAGCACAGCAGCAGUGACCUUCCAAUCCUCGGAAAGCAUCAUGAAAGCUAAAGCGCUGUACAGAAACCAACCUUACGACAAGUCGGUGGAAGCGAGCUUGGAUGUGGACGGACGGAAACAGUUCGAUACUGUGAUGUCCGUUAAGCGCCACGACAUCAAGUACGGUUUUGUGUGGAUCCCACAUGCGUAUUGGGUGGUGAACGAUCAACGGGUCGCUGAAUUGUCUGGAACCUUGAAAGUUAAAUCAAAAGCCGGUGUGACUCAGUGGGAUAUUUCGGCCGAUUUCCAAACUAAACAGUUGGCCAGUCGCCUCAUAGGAUAUUACACCAUAAAUGGUCCCACGGAAGGCAUGAAAUUGCAACUCGACUACCAGUUCUAUAAGAACCCGAAGCAAACGAUAAAACUCGAGGGUCUAUACAGCGAAAGAACAUUGAACUAUAGACACGAUUUGUAUGGGGACUUGGCUAUGGAAUUUACAGCUUAUCCAGCUUACAAUUUCUAUGCUGUACUUAGGAAUUUGAAAACACAAAGCCACAUAGAUAUAGGUUUUAAUGUGAGCUCGUCUAAAGAUAUGAAACAAGAUCCGUCGUUUACUUUCUUGUUUAAACGGAUUGAUAAGCUGAAUGGUAUAAAAUUGAGCACACAGGUCAAUUUACACAGACCGAGGCCGAUAUUCUUAAAGUUACAGUUCGAGCGGGUAGGACCGAAAUACUCAGCUCUGGCUGUUUUGAACUUCAACCCGAAAUCUAGGGAGAUACUCGUCUCUGGGUUCCUAUUUGCACCCCCCGGAACUCAAUUAUACGCUGAUGCCGAAUUAAACGUUACGUUGCCGACCCUACACCCUUGCAUGCUUAAGGGAAAGUUGUUUGAAAAACGACCCAAUGAAUUUCAGGUGAACGCAAACGGAAUUUGGUUCACGGGCGUAGAUUUCAAUUUAGACGCGGUAUAUCAAGACCAGUCCAAAACUAACAUGGCUUCCCAUCGGCUGAAAGUCCUCAUCAACAGCAGUCAUUUCAAGGACAUCGCUGUCGAUGCGAGGUUCACACAAGACAAUCGACAGAUUACUUUUAUUGCUGAGGGUGAAUACAAUGCAGACACAUACAAAACACUGAUAAGAUACAUCUUGCUGUCAGAACAAAACUUCACAGCAUAUGGAGAGAUUGAUAUAAGUGGAAAAGCGUAUAGUGUUAAUCUGAAUGCUGACUUGAAUAACAAUACUGAUGUCAGCAUGGACGUCCAUUUUGAUCAAUUACGAGACGUGCACAUAUCCUACCUUCGCAUCUCCACGCCGACGCAAAAACGUCUCAGCGCUUCAUUCAAUUGGGAUGCGAACCGAGACCCCUCACAGAAGAUAAGUGUAGAUGCAAAACUGGACCACAAGGGGCAAUGGCAUCAUGCGGGACAGGCCACUUUGCAUUAUCCCGGACAAGUUGUCAAUGGGGAGUUUGAGUUUUUGUUGAAAGAUUGGUACUGUGAAUGGCUCGUGCGCGCUGGCUGGGCCAGUCCCACUUCUAUUGUCUGGCGUGUGAAGGCGUAUUCUGAGGCCCACGAGCACACAGUAUACGCACUGCUCUCUAGUCUCCAAACACCGAUGCCCGGAUGGAAGGACACAAGCUUCAAUGUCAUGUGGCGUUACCAUGACAACCUGCAAGCGCUAAACGGCAGUAUGAAUUGGCAAGAAGAUUACCUAGCGUUCAGUCUUCUAGCGGACUACUUAUUUACAACCACAAAAUUCUAUGGGGAAAUAAACGCACUUGUCAACUCGACUAUACCUACGUUGCCGAAGGCAGCCGCGAUAGCGAAACACACAGUUGUAUGGAAGAAAAGUGUAGAUACUUUGUUGAGUUUCCAGUAUAACGAAGACGGUCAUCUCAUGAUAAAUUCCACUUGGGCGAUUAAUAAAGGAAAAAAGGAGAACAAUAUCACAGGCAAGGUUACAAUAUUGACGCCGUUCCCGGGUUAUACGAAAGGAUAUUUGGAUACAAAAUUCAUUUUGGGACACAAGCGAGACAUCAAAGGAAUUACGCUUAUGGAUUUAGAAGGAAAACUUGUCGAAGUUCAUGUUAAUGGUCACAUGCGCCGUUUAACGAACUGCAUGCUUGUUGUUAAUAUCACUAGUCCAUUACCCCAGUUUUUGCACACCACAGCACGAAUUGGAUUCAUUGAGGCGGAUAGACAUCUAGUGGCAAUGGUUGUAACUACUAAUUCUACCACAGGUAUAGAAGUAUUACUAAAACUAGUAUCACUACAAGACUUCAACAUCUUAGGGCAUGUGGCCUUACCUAUACAAUAUUUGAACAGAGCUCUCAUAACGGCGAAAAGGGGUAAAGAAGAGGUAGACUUCAGAGUGGGUUGGGACACUAUGGACUUUGGGUUUACAGGCAUCUGGCAGUGGCAAUCCCUCCUCGAUUUCGUAUACGUCUACAAACUAUACACGCCACUUGAUGGCUUCGAAGAGAAUGGAUUAGUUCUAAAGAAUGUUUACAGAAAUGGAUUGGACACUGAACUGUCGAUUCGGUUGUCAAAGCAUAAGUUUGGUGUGGCCAUCCUUCUAGUUGAUAAUGGAAAAGGAUUGAUAGAAGUGAUUAAUGACCGUAUACAACAAAAACCUAGUGACCCGGAUAUGAUAGUGGAAAACUUCGAUACAGCAGCGACUGUCACUCUGGACACACUAUACUUACCGACUAUAAAAUUCCACGGACAUAUUAUGAAAUUUGUUGGUCCAGAUGAAGAAGAUAUAAUAGAAGUAAAUGCUACUUUAAAUUUACCGGAUAAGUCGCCUAUCGUGCUCACUGACGUAUUUAUUCUUGAGGAGUAUACAGUGAUGCGUAACACGCUCAAUUUAGUGACACCAUUCGAAAUGGUAAAACAGCUGAAGUCCGUGUAUACAGUGGACAUUACUAUCGGUGAAAAGUUCAACGUUACAUGUGUCGCUCUUCUAUAUAAUGGAACUUACUGGCAUGAGAUAUCAUACAAAGUUUACUACGAAUACGAAAACGGCGAAGAUGAUGCCUACAAAUCUUAUUUGGCUUCAGUUGGUAUAGCAACACCGCUUGCAGUAUUGCCAGCUUUAGAAGCACGCGUUUCAGCGAGAUUGGAAGACGCGCUUUGGAAGAUGUCAGCUGAUAUAGCUAUGCCCUCGUUUACUGUUACUGCACUUGCUAGGCUAGAAUUAGACGAUCCAUUUGUGGAGACUUCAGGUAGCCUGAACCUGACAUCAGUGUACCUGGAAGACUAUUUCAUCAAGAUGGAAUUUAAGAAAGACUUCUCUGAUGUAGAGAACUUUGUAGGGGGUGGUAUUCAGGUGCUGCAGGGUGAACAUGAUAAUUAUAUAUUCGCUGACGUUGUAUGGCGACCGCCUCCAAACGGUAACAUCCGUUUUAAAGCACGCGGUGCACUAGCACCAGUACUCGCGCCAGCAGAAGUAACUCUACUGUACAGAGAAGAAGAGAAACAGAAAUCGUUAACUGUGGAUCUGAAUAGCGAGGAAAAUUACUACUCACUGAAGGCUGAUACUUGGCCGACAUCUAUUAAUAUCGCUUUAAGCAGUCCUCAUAAAGGAUUUAGGGCGAUAAAGAUAUUAAGCGAAUUCGAAGAUGACGACAUUCGCGGUUCCUUCGUUACUGACACAUCCGAGUAUGGCGUCACUGGGAAAAUACUUAACAAGCAACCACUGGAGAUAUCCUUGACACUGGUACCGAAGGGUCAAGGUCAACCAAUCGCAAUACGAGCUAAAUAUGACUCCAGUCCCACGCUGUACUCAUUUUCCGCCCACGUGACUGGUCCCAUUCAGUCCACUGUUCACGCUAAGGCUGAGUUGGAAGCUAACUUCACAGAUAUUUAUUUUAAGGUCGAUAUACCACAAGUGAAGAGCCGCGAAGUGUUCUUCAAAGCAAGAGUUGACAGUUAUCCUGGGUUACGUCGAGUCCUUAGUGUCCAAGCGGCCACGCCGAUACAGAGGCUGAGUUAUGUCAAGGGGGAUACAGACUUCUUAUUUGGGCCGAAAUCCGGAUAUUUGCUCGGAAAGUAUAAGUUACCUAACAUGGAAGGAGAUGGUGACUUGAAAUGGAGUUUCUUAUUAGAUGACCUGUACAUAAGGGCUCUUGGACAUCAAUCGGUGAAAGAAAUGCAAAGAAGCGUGGAUUUGGAUAUUUUCUUUGGUAACAACACUGAAGAUGGACUCUCCAAAACCAACGCCGGAUUCAGCAUGGACCUCGAUAGAAUAUGGCAAAUCGGCGCAAACGCAUCGGUCGGUUUCAUAUUAGAUCGUAGGCUGAAUCUAGUAGUGAAUGCCGUAUUACCCAAACCGAACGUCGACGUGCACACCUUAUUGAUUGAGGGUAGUAUGGGCCAGGCUGAUAAGCCGGAACAUUCACUUAAUGCCAUGUAUACUACUGAUGUGACGAAGAUCAUUGCUGGGAUCAAGGGAAAGGUCCUAAAACUUGACGAAAGCUUCGACGGAAACUCGACUAUAACUUGGACGUCAAACUCUGUAUACAAAAAUGUGGAUAACAUUGUGUCUUAUAAAUGGGACGUUAACGGUUCCAAAUAUAUAGACUACACUCUGAACACGCCCUUAUACGAUAACGAAUCGACGAUAACGCUGAAGGGUUCCUACCAAAAGGAUAUGUUGCAUGAUUACCAUGUAGUCAAAGGUCGUAUGUACCGUCCGGCUAGUAGUCAAGUAGGCGAAGUAGACGUGCGAUAUGGAGGCUUGAAACAUUCAGACGGACAUUUUAAUAUGUCCACACCGUUUUCGAGGUUACCGUGGCUCCGAUCCAUAUUUGAUAUCAAUAACCUUGAAGAGGUGUCUGAUAACAAAGUGGACUUGUUCUGGCCAAACAAAUCAGCGUCACUCAACACAACGCACAAUUACAAGAAACAAAGCGAAGGCUUCACUCAAACAGGGACGGUGUCUCUCUCGAUUCCGUUGAACUCCCAGCAUUUGGUACACACGGAGUAUUUCUACAGAGAAGGAGAUAAAUGGAGCAAUGGAAAUACCACAAUCUAUUUUGACUCGGAGCGAUUCGUCAAAGGAUCCUUUAACCAGAUACUGAGUAAAAGUCAUAGGAAUUUGGACCUUGCCACAACGGAUAUAGAGGUGGAAAACGAACAUACGCCUGUGGGAAUCAAGUAUAUACAUGAAUAUGGUGAUGGGGGAAACACGGAUGUAAAACAAGCUACCGUAUUCCACCUUCAUAACUCCACAAAAUUCAAUGUGACCGGUAAACUAGAUGUCCAGGCGUACGAUAUUGGAAAGAAAUUAAAAUUCACCGCGAUACAAGGAAAUCGAACCUGGACCUUCGACAACAAGUACGAGGCUAAAGAUCGAGAAUUGACACAAGGCAGUAAAGUGACCUGGGCGGAGGAUGUGUGGCUGCAAUAUAAUCUUCAUGUUAUGAACAUGAGUGUGGACGAAACAGAAUCACAGGAAAUCAUUAUGGACAUUGAAUACCCAAUGCGGACGUUCCGCGUCGCUGCUAUAUACCACCUACAAGACUCUUUAGUUGAUGGAAAAGCCGAUCUUCUAUGGAACGUCAGAGCUGAGAAUAAAACUGCGCAAAUCAGCGGGAAAUGGGAAAAUCCACCAACGCCUGAAGGAAACUUGCACAAUGUACAUUUUGCUUUGUCACACCCGUCGUUUAAAAAGGAUGUAACAUUAAAAGGCCAUUACAUCAGCUCGCCAGUUGUUAUGUCCAACAUAUCCGUAGAACUCCAAUACUCGGAUUAUGAGAACGAAUAUCUGAAGCUUAACUCGAUUCUAACUGACAAUUCAGAUGGCCCGAUCCGCGAUUACAAAUUCGCUCUCAAAUGCACACAUCCGUCUACCAAUCUGGAUCUAGAUAUGAAUUCAGAUAUCAAUAUACAAAGCAGAUGGUACCACUUGAGCAACUACUACAAGUUCCAGAAGUCGCUGUUCUAUCAGAAACUUAGAAGCAAUAAGCUGUUGAUUGAUAUGAAUCGGAGUGCUGUGAACUGGGAGCGCGUUAAUGAAACUUACUACUACAAAGCAAACGGAACCUGGUCUCUCGUGUAUCCUCUGUACACGGUACGAGGUUUAGUGGCCCGCCCGGACGCUAACGAUACUCUCAUCGCUCAGCUUUCUAUGAUUGACAAAGCACUGAUUGCCCACUAUAACAGUACAGAUGAUAUCUCCUUCCACUUGAUAGGAGAAAUCAUCGACACCAGAUCCGCCCAAUUGAACGCCUGGAGGAACUACGAUGACGUCACCACCGUCGACAUAGCCUCAUACAUUAGACUCAAUCAUUCCCGCUUACUAACCAGCUCCGUUGUAUGGCGUCCGGAGAUAUUCAGUGAAAUCAGAUCGCAAGCCGUUUACGGGUUGAAGCUUUUAUAUUCCCAAAUCAAUGAAACUCUUGUCAUUCUGAAGGAAACGCCCAUGGAAGCGCACUUGGCGCUCAGAAACAUCUGGAGCGACGCGAAACCAAGAGUCCGAGACUUCCUCGACGAUCUCAACGAUUUGCAUGUGAUCAAAGACGAUCUGGACGAGUUCGAGAGAUUCCUCAACGAAUCGUACAACAAAAACGACUUCUAUGUGAAAGAUAUCGUCGAAUUCACCUACUAUGUUCUAGACGAAAUGGCUAUACGCAAUCACUUGGAGAAUUUACCGGGCUUCGUCAACGAUAUGUGGGGGAUGAUGGGCAACACGAGUAAAUCAAUAAAGGAAAGUCUGACAUAUGUCAUAGAGUCGAUCAAGAAGGCAUAUGCCAACUUCCUGGAUGCCGUCAACAAGGUUCUGGAAGCGGAUCUGAUGGAACUCGUCUCGGAUAAGUUGGAAGCGAUGAUUCUACAAUACGACAACUUCAUACGAGACCUUCAUAUGCGCUUGUUGGAUUAUUGGGAGGAGACGUGGGUAAAUGCGACCACUCGUCUAUCUAAGUACUGGCACGAGCUCCUCAAAUCGAUAGAGCCGCUGUUCUUCAAGAUAGUCCACUACACGGAGGCGUUCGUCGUGGCCAUUUGGAAGGAGGUUAUGGACUUCUUCCACGAGAGGACCCAUGAACUGACGGACACGCCGUACUUCAACUAUGUUUCGACGUUCGGACAUGAAAUGGAUAAAAUAUACAAGGACCUAGUCAACGACGAUAUAAUAACAAACAUUAAGAAGUACACGAGAAAGCUCUGGAAUGUCAUUUGGAGUAAGAUCGAAAAGUAUGUACCGUUCACGGAAGAAUUCAAACAGUUGUACAACGAGUUCAAAAGCGCUUGGGAGAACUUCUUGAAAACGCCACAGGUCGUUUAUGUCAGAGAAAAGUGUAAAGAAGCGUACAUUCGGCUGAAGUGGUGGUACGACUAUUUCCUCAUUGGUGACGCGUUGGAUGCAAUAUGGGAGAUCCUAUAUGACAAAGUUACAGACUUCGCAAAGACGGCUCUGCAGUACGAAGAACUACACCGCACUCCAAAAACGAACUUCAUCUUCGACCCUCACCAGGGGAAAAUACUCCUCGAGCAGAAGUUGCCCAUGGCUUGGCACGCGUUCAACCAGACGCCGGACUUCACGGAAAUCUCCGAGUACAAGGCAGUUAGGGACUUCAUGGACGAAUGGCUCACGAGCAACAAGAGCAUCUGGACGUACUACUACGAGAUACGGCCGUAUCUGGACUUCAAUAAUAUUCUGCCGCCGUUUGCUGGCAUGGCGAUGAUGACCGGUCAAGGAACGCUGGUGACGUUCGACAAAGAAGUAUUCACUAUAUCAGCUCCCGGCACUUUCCUCCUGACCAAAGACUACAGACAGAACAAUUUCACUGUUCUGAUGGAGAGCAACGAGCAAGGCAGAUACGAUCUCAUUCUGAUGACGAAACGAAAUCUGAUUUACAUCGAUCUUUAUAAAGAGCAAGUUUCUCUUGGCCGUUCGAACCCACUCAGUCUACCGGCGUCCAUAGACAACUUCGUGGUGGACAGACAGGCAGACACGAUCUCUAUCGAGACCAAAACUGGACUAGAAGUGCAUUGCGAUCUACUAUUCAAGACUUGUAAACUGCAAGUUGAAGGCUGGUACUACGCAAGUCUUGGCGGACUACUCGGUACCUAUAACAACGAACAAUACGACGAACUACAACUUCCGAACGGCACUAUUAGGGCCAGUAUAGACCAAGUGGCCAAGUCUUGGCUUCUGAGGCAAGUGACGUCAUCGCACCCAUCGUGGGGCCCCGCUAACGACACGCAGUGCGCCAAGUUCUUUAUGAACAAAGUUUCGCCACUGCAUCCUUGCUUUACUGUGAUCGACGCUCUACCAUUCUAUUCGGAGUGCGCCCGCGGCGUGGAUGCGUGUGCGCUUGCGAACGCGUACUUAGAACUGUGUGCUCAGCAACAUGUACCCAUACAUAUACCGGAUCAUUGCGUGCAAUGUGCAACGCCGCAAGGUGAUAUAGUCGAAGAAGGCUCUUUUCUGGAGUUGCAGAACCCCCCGAAAUCUGCUGACAUCGUCUUUAUAGUUGAGGCUCAAUACUGCAAUAAGAACAUACGAAAACUGAAAAACAUAGAUCUUUUUAUCGAGACGUUUGACAGCAAGCUCCAAGAGAACGGAUUGUCAGACAAUAGAUACGCAGUUGUGGUAUACGGUGGAAGUGGUAUUUAUAGGAAGCCACGCGCUCUGUACCACCAGAACAAAUUGUUUACAAACACUGUUGAUAUUCCGAGGCAUUUUGAUACGUUCACUAUUGAGAAGAAUGACUUAGUCCGCGGCAACAAAUCGGCGCGAGCCGACGUUUUUGGUGUGCUGAAGUUUGCGAGCGCGCUUCCCUUUAGAGCAGCUGCACCGCGAGCACUGUUCCUCAUGCCCUGCACUCGGUGUGAUGCGUCAAGAAGCGAGCUGGAUUACUCUACUAUAUAUCACCAUUUGAUGGAGAAUUCGAUAACUCUUCACAUUCUAAUGGACGAUGACUUCACGCUGUCCAAGAAACGCAUCGCCAAAUACCUUUUCGGCGUCGACAGUAGUUUGGCUUACACCAACAAAGAUUACGAGAGAUUGGUCGGCGACGCAGGGCUAAGGAAACAAGUAAAGCUGCCAAAGGACAAACUUGGACUGUGCACUUCACUAGCCCUCGAGACCAAUGGUACAAUAUGGGCUGGUUCGAAGCUGCAGAGCGAAAGGGGCGCGGCGCGUCGUUUCGCGACCGUGGUGGGUGGAAGAUGCGCGGGCGCAGCUGUCACGUGCCUCGCCCCGCGGUGCGAAUGCCGCGCCGCGAGGCUCCACUGCCGACCCUGCGCCUCGCAUGAUCCGUUGGAACUCUCCUUCUGGAACACAGACGACAUCGAUGAGCUCAUCGACCUCGCCAUGGACCCUCCCAGCUUACCUUCCUUUAGAUGA